AUGCCCUCGGGCUUCCGCCAUGGCUCCAGUGCGAGUGCCCGAUAUAAAUUUGCAGGUGAUCAGCCCUGGCUGCCCAUUGGUCAAGUGGAUUACAAGUACGUCGAUGAGACAGCCGACAUAGCCCGAUACUAUACCCUGGACGAGGGUUGCAAUGCAUCACCGUCGCCGCCCUUGGCUGCCACCAGGCGCAGGAGUGAGGCCUCAGUCGACCAGCGGGCCCUCGCUGAGACGUCAAUUCUCAGUGAUACAUUCGGGUCUCAUUCCUCCGAGUAUUAUCUGCCGCCGAAUCGGCCUGAUAGUAGCCAUCUGGCUGGCUACUCGCCAUAUUCCUUGCAGCUGUCGCCGAGACAUCAUUCUUCGGUGUCAUCGGCUUCCCCACACUUUUCACGUAGCAGCCAGGCCUCGCCUGAAACGAGGGACUUUAAUUCACAAAUCUAUAAUGAGUUUGACAAUGGGCUUCCUAAUCUUGAUGAACAUGAAGCUUGUUUGAUGCGGUAUUUUGUUGUUCAGCUUGCGCCUUGGUUCGAUCUAUGCGAUGGACAGAGGCAUUUUGCCUGCACGGUACCCCUACGAGCUCGGACAUGUCCGCCUUUACUGAAUGCCAUCUAUACCGCCUCCGCUAGGCACCUGAGUCGCGUCAAGAAGUACUACAAGGGCAACCAAGUCCACUACGGAGGCAAGGCCCUUCCCAACCUCACCCCCGAAACCGCCAUUCACUACCACAACCAAUGUAUUGCACAUUUUGUGUCACUGUCAGAUCACUCCCGCGAGGCUCAGGAUGAAAACCUGCUCGCUGCAGCCGUGAUCCUCCGCUUCUACGAAGAAGUAGACAGUCAGUCAAGCAACCACCUCCUUGUUCCCUUCUCCAACUGA